UACCUGACAGAUUUGACAACGUUGGGCGUUUCCAAACUCUGCAGCUAAAAGCUUGAAGAGGAGGAAAUUGGCUUGCUGUCGUCCCGUGAAUCAUCGGCACCAACAGAUCACCAGCACCAAGAGCCAAGAGCAGCAAGCCGGACAGUCAACAUGAGCAGAUGUCUAAUUCCCAAGGCGGAGGUGCAAGGCUUCAUUGAGAGGUGUAUGACGGGCGUGGGCACCCAGCCGCAUCACGCCCGCAGCCUGGCCGAGGUGCUUGUGGAGGGAGACCACAGGGGACACUACAGCCAUGGACUCAACAGGAUGGACAUGUAUGUAAAGGACAUCCAGACAGGAAUCUGUGCCAAGGACGGUGAGCCGGUGGUGGUGAACCAGACUGCAGCCACAGCGCUGGUGGAUGGGAAGAACCUCCUGGGUCCUGUGGUAGGAAACUUCUGCAUGAAACUGGCCCUCAAGAAGGCAAAAGAAGCUGGCAUUGGCUGGGUGGUGGCACGCGGUUCCAACCAUUACGGUAUUGCCGGGUACUACGCGAUGCAAGCUCUGAAGGAAAACAUGAUUGGCAUGUCCUUUACCAACACAUCCCCCCUGGUGGUUCCCACACGUGGUAAAGAGUGCACUUUGGGCACCAACCCCAUCAGCGUGGCAGCUCCUGCUAAAAACGGAGACAGCUUUGUGCUGGAUAUGGCCACAUCAGCAGUAGCGCUCGGAAAGGUGGAGCUCCAUGAGCGGCGUGGAGACACCAUUCCUGAGGGCUGGGGCUGUGACGCCCAGGGCAAGCUGACCACUGACCCGAAGAAGGUUCUGAGCGGAGGAGGACUGGUGCCCAUCGGCGGCAGUGAAGCCACAGGAGGAUACAAAGGCUACGGUCUGGGUAUGAUGGUAGAAGUGUUCUGUGGUAUCUUGGCCGGUGCCCAGUACAGCAAUAACAUCCGCACAUGGAAAGUCACAGACCGUGUUGCCAACCUGGGUCAGUGUUUUGUGGCGAUUAAUCCGGAGAGCUUCGCUCCUGGGUUCCCCGACAGGAUGUCCGACCUGCUGUCCAUCCAGAGAGAGAUGGAGCCUGCCGAGCCCGGCACUCCUGUUCUGGCUGCUGGAGAUCCAGAGAGGAUGAACAUGAAGAAGUGUGAGGAGAUGGGCGGCAUCCCCUACCACAUCAACGUCGUCAACUACAUGAACGAAUGUGCCAAGAGAGUUGGCGUCAGCCCGCUACUGCCCUGCACCAAUCUCAUCUCCAACUAGUCGGUCCGGUCACGACUCUCAGCGUUGGAAAUCGGCAACUUCUGCUCGACUUAAAGUUGACAUUGAGCCACUUUGGAACUUUAAAUUACAUUACAUUAUACGUUGACAAUCUCAUUUCAUUCAUUUUACUCGUCAGGUAUUCAUAAGUUUCAAUAAAAAUAAAACAUUUAUAACAUCACACAUCUAUAAGAAUAAUAUCAACGCAUUUGUCCUUUCUUAAGGGACCCCUUGGAACGUGUUAUUUGUGUCUCGAGAUACUAAAUCUGAAUGUGAUUUUAACAUGUUUUCAAGAUACUUUAUCUCUGGCAGCGAAAGUAACGUGCAUUCCUUUUAUAAAGCCGUUGUAAGUCAUAGCUUUACGGCUGGAUGUGAAUGAGUGAACAAAGUUUGAGUCAUGAUGUUGAAAGAAGAACUGAAGUCAUCAUAGUUUGUUGUCAUGACUUAACAGAUGGGUCAUUCCCUGUUGGUGAGCUGUUUUACUUUGUUGCGGUUAUAAUGACAUUUUAUAACUGUAUAGUAAUCCAGCUACCGUUUGAGGCCAAAAACCUUUUUAUUUUUUUUUAAACUGGGAAGCA